AUGCCUACAUCGAGUCAAUCUCAAAUACUUUCUGUUGUUGACUAUCAAUUACUUCAACAACAAGCACAACAACAACAAACAGCUAGUGGUCAAGAUGUAACAACAAAACCUUCUGGUUUUAAUCUUAUUAAUCAAACAUCAAUUAUUGAAACAAAACGACGUCAGUCAAAAGAUGAUCGACGUCCAUCAUUUGGAAAAAAAGAUAAUGAUGAUAAUCAAUCCCCACCACCUCCAAAUAUCAACAUUCGUAGAAGAAAUUCAGCUAAAAUUACCGAUGGUACAACAUCAUCUCGACCAACACAACGUAGUGAUUCACUUCGUAUGCCAACAAUUUAUCUCAAUCAUAUGGGUAAUAAUGAAUCAAAAACGGCAACACAAUUAUCACAAUAUCGUCGAAGUUCAUUAAAUGAUGAUAAUUAUAUUGAAAAUGAAAAUAAAAUAAAACAAAUUAAAAAUUAUCCAACACCAAUAACACCUGAUAAUGAAAAUAAUUCAUCAUCAUCAGAUUUUGAAUGUACAAAUAAUAAUGAAAAUAAUCUUAAUCGUGAACAACCAUCGAGUUUAUUAAAUGAUUAUGCACGACGUCUAUUUAUAUUGGGUACAAUACGUCCAUCAAAAACAUUUUAUAAAGAUUUACCUCAAGAUGAUGUUGAACAUCUUAUGGAAUAUUUUCGUCGAAUGAGAAAAACAAAUCAAACAUUAACAUCAGAAGAAAUUAAUCAAGAAUUACAAAAUAAAUUUGUUGAAUAUAAACCUAAAAUUUUUUUUGAUUCUGCUACUGUAACAAAAAGUCAAGUAAUCAAUAUAGAAAAAAUUAUUGAACAAUAUGCUGAUAAAAUUCGAGCAAAUAAAGUUGAAUUAGCUAAACUUGAUAAUCCAAUACGUUUUGUUAUUAAACAAAUUGAUAAUGAUACACCAUUAACAACAAUUCCACGUGAAUAUAAUGAUUGUUUUUUAACACUUGUUACUCGAUCAGAUCCAUUACGUAAAUCAGAUUUAAUAACGGAACUUGCUCGAGAUAAAUUUGUAGAAGAUGUUAAAGCAAGUGCAUUAGAUAUAAGUUAUUUUCCUGGUGGUAUUAAUUAUGAUGUACCACAUGAUAAUAUUGAUGAAAAUGGUCAAAUGAAUAUUGAAACAUAUCAAAAAUUAAAAAAACGUUUAAGUCAUCGUAAAAUUUGGUAUUUUAGUGGUCCACCAGAAAAAAAACCUAAUGCUCUAUUAGCGAUUAUUCCAUUAGAUUUAUCAAUUAAUAUAAAUCAUCAACGUUUACUUGAUUAUCUUUAUGAUCAUUUAAAAAAUCUUUCAAUUGAUGGAAACUUUGUUAAACAAGAUCAAAUAUUAUCAAUUGAAUUCAUGCCAUUAAGUUGUAUAUUAAAUUCAAAUGAUAUUCAAAAUCAAUUUAUUAUUGAUUGCGAUUCAAUUGAAACAAAAGAAAAAUUAAUGGAAAAACCAUUUAAAAUUUCUUUUAAUAAACAAUCAAUUACAAUUGAAUUACGUUCGUAUGAUGAUAAUAUGCAUAAAGAAUAUGAAAAAUCAAUUAAAGCAGAAAAAUAUAGAGAAUUAAUUAAAAAUCAUGAACAAGCUAUUAAACGAACAUCAACAAAAUAA